ACAGCCGGAGACACGAGUGCGCACUUACAAAUAAGAAAACAAGAAAAUAACGGGAGCCGCAGAGACGGAGAGGCAGAGAGACGCUGCGCUGGCUGAGAGGGGGAUUCCCGAGCGGCGGGAGAGGCUGAACUUAACGGGGAACACGACAAUGAUUUCAUCAUUUUCCAGUAUGGACUGGGAAUGUGCCUGCGCGCUCUCCGUACUCUGAUGACAUCCCUGUAACAUAGUUUAUCUGCUGUCCGUAAACGGAGACUGUGACUGUGAGACUUCACCGCCCCUGUGCUCCGGGGAUUGGCAGCGUCUGUGUCCGGCUCGCAGCCCACUGCCCUGACCUCUCGGUACUUUAUGAUCCGGACCUACAGAAACUAGGUUCGUGUUUCGUGACGCCCGCGCAGCAUCAGUGCGGCUGUCAGCGCAGGUUUGUCCGCGCACGGCGCAGUCUCUACCCGCAGAGAUGGACAAACACACUGCGCCAUGCGUCAGCCUGCCGGGAUCUGAAACACACGUUGGGCUCUUCCUUUAAAACCACCCAGCUCUUCUCAGCUUCCACACCUGAGGACUGUUUUCUUCUUCCCUGAUCCUGAACAACUGAAGUAACUUUUCCUCUCCGGUCCUCCUCUGUCUCUCUCCCUCUCUGGUCAAACCUCCGUAGGACCUCCAUGAAGCGACGCACCGGGUGAUUGUACUGUCUUGGGGAUUUUGCUGUUUGUACACCGGGACAUCAUGUGGACGCCGACAGAGGACGAGAAGAUAGGAGUGGUGAUCUGCAGCUUCCGGGGCUCAGUGGCUCAGGGUUUGGCUCUGGAGGUGGGAGAGACGGUUCAGAUUCUGGAGAAAUGCGAAGGAUGGUACAGAGGAUUUUCAACGAGGAAGCCAAAUAUCAAGGGAGUUUUCCCCGUCAACUACAUUCACCUGAAGAAAGCCAUCGUCACCAACCGAGGGCCGAAUGAGACUGUGGUGCCUCUGGAAGACCCCAUUGUCACUGAGGUGACGUCAACGCUACAGGAAUGGGCCUUACUGUGGAAGCAGCUCUAUGUGAAACACAAGGUGGAUCUGUUCUACAAAGUUCGCCACGUGAUGAUGGAGCUGAUCGACCUGAGGAGGCAGCUCUUGUCUGGUCACCUGACGCAGGACCAGAGUCGAGACGUCAAACGACACAUCACCGUCAGACUGGACUGGGGCAACGAACACCUGGGUCUGGACUUGGUCCCAAGAAAAGAGUUUGAGAUGGUGGAUGAGGAGCAGAUAAGCGUCUCAGAUCUUUAUAAGAUGCAUCUCUCCAGCAGACACAGCGUACAGCAGAGUACCACACAGGGUGACGCGACGCGGCAGCGACACGGGGAGCCGUGCAGAGUUCCUGUACCACACCACCUGCUGGUCAACCUGAAGAGCUUCACCUACAACAGCAUAGGAGAGGACACGGACAUAUUCUUCUCUCUGUACGACCUGAGGGAGGGAAAGACCAUCAGUGAGAAGUUCAUGGUGAGACUGAACAAGAACGGAGGACCGAAGAAUCCAGAGAAGGUGGACAGGCUGUGUGCACUGUUCACGGAUCUGAGCAACAAAGACAUGAAGAGAGAUCUCUACAUUGUCUCACAAGUCAUCAGAACAGGUCGCAUGCUGUUGAAUGACAGUAAGAAGGGCCCUCCACAUGUUCAGUAUCGCCGCCCGUACGGCUGUGCCGUCCUGGCCAUGAGCGACGUGCUGCAGACCAUCUCUGAACUCAAAGAGGAGAAAGACUUUGUCCUUAAAGUCUACACGUGUAACAAUGAGAACGAAUGGUACCAGAUCCAUGAGAACAUCAUCCGCAAGUCCAGCACCAAAUACACGGCUCCCAGCACCAACUAUGGUCUGAUCAUCUCUCUGCAGCUGCUGAGAGGGGACAUGGAGCAGGUCCGCAGAGAGAACCCGCUCAUCUUCAGCAGGGGCGUGGCCAUCACACGCAAACUGGGCUUCCCGGAUGUCAUCAUGCCAGGUGACGUCCGGAAUGACCUGUACCUGACGCUGGAGCGAGGGGAUUUUGAGAGAGGAGGGAAGAGCGUGCAGAAGAACAUCGAAGUCACCAUGUAUGUGCUUUAUGCUGACGGAGAGAUCCUCAAGGACUGCAUCAGUCUGGGCUCAGGAGAGUCCAACAUGCCAGAGCAUCGCUCCUUCGUGCUCUACCACAACAACAGCCCUCGAUGGAGUGAAGUGAUCAAACUGCCAAUUCCCAUUGACCGUUUCAGAGGCUCCCACCUACGCUUCGAAUUCAGACACUGCUCAACAAAGGACAAAGGAGAGAAGAAGCUGUUUGGUUUUGCCUUCACUCCUCUGAUGAGGGAGGAUGGAACUACUCUGUCAGACGAGAGCCACGAACUCUACGUUUACAAGUGUGAUGAGAACACGACCUUCAGUAACCACGCCCUCUACCUGGGCCUGCCCUGCUGUAAAGAAGACUUCAACAGCUGUCCCAGCAUCCCCUCCAGCCUCAUCUUCCAGCGCAGCACCAAGGAGACCUUCUGGAUCUCCACACAGCUCUCCUCCACCAAGCUCACUCAGAAUGUGGAUCUUCUGGCCCUGCUCAAGUGGAAGGCCCAUCCAGACCGGGUCAUGGACAUUCUCGGUCGACUAAGACACGUCAGUGGAGAGGAGAUAGUGAAGUUUCUCCAAGACAUUCUGGACACCUUAUUCUCCAUCUUAGAUGACAACACGGACAAAUAUGGACCACUGGUGUUCCAGUCAUUGGUGUUCAUUAUAAACCUGCUCAGGGACAGUAAAUACUACCACUUCAGGCCGGUGAUGGACACGUAUAUCCAGAAGCACUUUGCUGGUGCUUUGGCCUACAAAGAGCUGAUCCGCUGUCUGAAGUGGUACAUGGACCGCUCUGCAGAGGUAGUCAGACAGGACCACAUCCAGGAAGCCAUGAGGGCCCUGGAGUAUCUCUUUAAGUUUAUCGUCCAGUCUCGGAUCCUUUACUCUCGGGCCACGUGUGGGAUGGAGGAGGAGCAGUUUCGCCUCAGCAUCCAGGAACUGUUUCAGUCGAUCCGCUUCGUCCUCAGCCUGGACAGCCGCAACUCAGAGACCCUCAUCUUCACACAGGCCGCUCUGCUGAACUCCUUCCCAGCCAUCUUUGAUGAGCUGCUGCAGAUGUUCAUGGUGCAGGAAGUGGCAGAGUUUGUUCGCGGCACUCUGGGCAGUAUGCCGUCCACGGUGCACAUAGGACAGUCCAUGGACGUGGUCAAACUGCAGUCUAUAGCCCGCACUGUGGACAGCAGGCUCUUCUCUUUCCCAGAGUCUCGAAGGAUCCUGCUUCCUGUGGUCCUGCAUCACAUCCAUCUUCAUCUGAGGCAGCAGAAAGAGCUUCUCAUUUGCUCUGGAAUACUCAGCUCGAUAUUCUCUAUUAUCAAGACCAGCUCACUGGACACAUCAGUGCAGGAGGAGGUGGAGAUGAUGGUGGAGUCUCUGUUGGAUGUCCUCCUGCAGACCCUGCUGUCAAUCAUGAGCAAGAGCCAAUCGCAGGAGGCGGGAGAGUACGUGUCCUGCCUCCUGUCCCUCCUCCGCCAGAUGACAGACAUCCACUUCCAGCACCUGAUGGAAAACUUCCAGAGCAAGGAGGAGCUCAAGGAAUUCUUGUUGAAGAUUUUGUGUGUGUUUAGAAAUCUGAUGAAGCUCAGUAUCUUCCCCCGAGACUGGAACGUCAUGAGGCUGCUCACGAGCAACAUCAUCCUGACCACGGCUCAGUAUCUGUCUCCUGCUCUGCACAAGAACUUCACAGAAGCAGAGUUUGAUUUUAAGGUGUGGAACUCCUACUUCAGUCUGGCGGUGCUGUACAUCAACCAGCCCAGUUUACAGCUGGAAAACCUGAGUCCUGCUAAGAGGAAGAAGGUCUUAGACAAAUACGGUGACAUGAGAGUGAUGAUGACCUAUGAACUGUUCAGCAUGUGGCAGAACCUGGGUGAGAAUAAGAUCCAUUUCAUCCCCGGUAUGAUUGGUCCGUUCCUGGGAGUGACGCUGGUCCCUCAGGUGGAGGUGAGAAACAUCAUGAUUCCCAUCUUCCAUGACAUGAUGGACUGGGAGCAACGCAAGAACGGAAACUUCAAGCAGGUGGAGGCUGAACUGAUCGACAAGCUGGACAGUUUGGUGUCUGAGGGGAAAGGUGACGAGAACUACAGAGAACUCUUCGGUUUGCUUCUUUUGGAGAAGAUUGAGCAGGAGACGUGGAGGGAGACGGGGAUUUCCUUCGUUACCUCGGUCACGCGACUGAUGGAGCGACUGCUGGACUACCGGGACUGUAUGAAGGGAGACGAGACAGAGAACAAGAAGAUCGGCUGCACUGUGAACCUCCUGAACUUCUACAAGUCAGAGAUCAACAAGGAGGAGAUGUACAUCCGCUACAUCCACAAACUGUGUGACAUGCAUCUACAGGCUGAGAACUACACUGAGGCUGCGUUCACUCUGCUGUUGUACUGGGAGCUGCUGCACUGGGACGAGCGGCCUCUGAAAGAGUUCCUGCACUAUCCCGCUCAGACAGAGUGGCAUCGCAAGGAGGGGCUCUGCCGCAAGGUCAUCCACUACUUCAACAAGGGAAAGUGUUGGGAGUAUGGUAUACCCCUUUGCAGGGAGCUGGCCUUUCAGUAUGAAUCUCUGUACGACUACCAGAGCCUGAGCUGGAUACGGAAAAUGGAAGCAGCAUAUUAUGAUAACAUAAUGGAGCAGCAGCGUCUGGAGCCAGAGUUCUUCAGGGUGGGAUUCUACGGCAGGAAGUUCCCCUUCUUCCUCAGAAACAAAGAGUUUGUCUGUCGGGGACACGACUACGAAAGGUUAGAGGCCUUCCAGCAAAGGAUGCUGGGAGAAUUCCCACAAGCCAUUGCGAUGCAGCACCCCAACCAGCCAGAUGAGGCCAUUCUGCAGUGUGAUGCACAGUACCUGCAGAUCUACGCAGUGACACCGGUACCAGACAGCGUCAGCGUGCUCCAGAUGGACAGAGUCCCGGACCGCAUCAAGAGCUUCUACCGGGUCAACAAUGUUCGACGUUUCCGUUACGACCGGCCGUUCCACAAAGGACCCAAAGACCGGGAUAACGAGUUUAAGAGUCUUUGGAUAGAGAGAACCACCCUGAUCCUCACUCACCCUCUGCCGGGGAUCUCACGCUGGUUUGAGGUGGAGAAGAGAGAGCUGGUGGAGGUGAGUCCCUUAGAAAACGCCAUCUCUGUGGUGGAGAACAAGAACCAGGAGCUGCGGACUCUGAUCAGCCAGUACCAGCACAAGCAGCUGCACGGCAACAUCAACCUGCUCAGCAUGACCCUGAACGGAGUCAUCGACGCCGCCGUCAACGGAGGCAUCGCCAGAUACCAAGAGGCUUUCUUUGAUAAGGACUACAUCACCAGCCACCCUGAGGACACAGAGAAGAUCACACAGCUCAAAGACCUGAUGCAGGAGCAGGUUCACAUCCUGGGAGUCGGCCUGGCGGUUCACGAGAAGCUGGUGCAUCCAGAAAUGCGUCCGCUGCACAAAAAGCUGAUCGAUCAGUUCCAGAUGAUGAGGAGCAGCCUCUGCCACGGUCUGCCUGGUUUGGACAAGGCAGGUUCAGGAGCCAACACUCCCAGAGGGAUCCUGGCCUCUCACAGCCCCAUGAGCCCCGAGAGCUUCAAACUCAUGCACCGGCACAGUGAGAUGGGGAACGUGGGCAAUCUGUUCAUCCUGGCGGAUGGCAUGGUGGUGGAGCACCCCGAGGACUUCUACCGCAUGCAGGCAAGCCCCUCCUCCUCCAGCCUUAGCUCCACCCACUCUGCACCCUCUCAGAUGAUAAACUCCGCCCCCUCAACCAUCCGAGUCGGCUCUCCUUCUCUGCCAGACAAAUACAGACACAACAGAGAAAUGCUGAUGCUGCUGCCGCCGCACAGAGAGAGGCCGAGCAGCGCCAUGUACUCCAACAUCACAGAGAACGGACAGCCCGUGAACUUCCAGCGGGCGUUGCUCCAUCAGGUGAUCGGUCCAUGUAAACCCUGCAGUGACCCCAACCUCUCUGUAGCUGAGAAAGUCCUCACCACCCCCAGUAGCUGGAGUUUGGACAGUGGUACCAGAGAAGCCCUCCCCUUCCUCUCUGCCCACGUGGGCAGUGUCAUGGCGCCUCCUGUUCCCCCACGCAACCUGCCUCAUGGGCAACACCUGUCGAUGCACUUUGACGCUUUCCACCACCAGGUCAGCGACCUCCCUCCAGCUCUCCCUGCGCGCUCCUUAAGAAAGUCCCCCCUGCAUCCUAUACCUGCCUCGCCCACCAGUCCACAGUCCAUCCUGGAUGGCAGUAACUCCACCUUGUCAGGCAGCGCCAGUUCUGGAGUCUCCUCCCUCAGUGAGAGCAACUUCGGCGGCCCCGCCUCUUCCUCCGACCCCCCGGCCAGCCGCACAGACACCCUGGAGUCCGUCCCCAGCAGCCAGGCCUGGACCACCGACCAAGAAGAUCUCGACUCGCCAUACCAGCCGGUCAGGUACAGUGUCUCUGAGCCUGAAGUCCUGGAUGGAGCAAAACCCCCACCCUGCCGCAGCCACUCCGCACCGGGAGGCGUCACGCCGUCCCAGGCGGGGGGGCAAAUCCAGCCCCAGGGUUCGACCUCCAGCGGAGCUCCACCACCACAGCAGCAGGAUGGGCUGCCACACCCCCAGCACCACUACUACCACCAUCACUUCCACCCACACUACAUCCCCCACCACCCGCCUCUGUACCACUUCCACGAGCCUCCUCCAGCCCUGCCCCCCAAACCCUACCUCAGAGAGGGCUGCAUCCCUGAAGAAGACCCCCAGUCUGCAGCUCCACCACCUCCCGUGCCCCGGCCCAUGCCACGCAAGAUCUCCCAACCCAUAAUCGCAGCUACCAAGGAUGAGCAAGCUAAAGUGGCGUGGGAGCACGGCAUCAGUGAGGAGUAACACGUCGACUGGUGGUUUUUAGAAACCUGUCAAAUUUGAAUCAACCGAAUUUAAACUCUUCAGAAGAGAGAGAGAGAGAAGGAGAGAGAAAUGAGAGCGAGAGCCAAACAAACCGAGUCAUGAAGUGAGGAACCGUCCGAUCCGCUCAGCGGUCCUGCUCCGACAACCAAAAAUUAAUUAAGAAAUGUAUUAAUCAGUUGGCCCGUUCAUCAAUCGUAAUAAUACCAUGAGUACAUUUCUAAAUUCAGUUGCACCUUUACUGACAUCGCUCAGCUCUCACGUUAGUUAUUGAUUUAUUGAUUUCCACUGAUAACAUUAACUCAGAAAGGGAAAAGUUUUCUAAGGGAUCGUUUCCUGUUGAUACCUCACUCUGAUCAUGUUAAGACAAGCAGCACUUUAACGAAAGCACCAAAACAUAAGAUUAAAAACGACAGUUUCCACAUAUUUUUUUAUAAAUGCAGAAAGAUCAGAUUUGAUUUAGAUGAUGCUGAAAGGUGAAGAACACAACGUGAGACCUGCGAGUUUAGUUCCUCCACCUGAGUCCCGAACAACAGCAAGACAGGUAACACAGGGAGGGGACACACGCACCUGCUUACAUCACGUCAGGUCGUCCACAGAGACACAGACCGCUGCUGUCCACAGAGACCGUUCCCACCUGUCACUGUCUCCUGAUACAAAAUAUUAACAAGAAACGACGGAAGGAUUUUUAUUUUCCAACGAAAGAGUCAGAUUGUGUAGAUAAAUGUAAAACAGUAUUUAGAAGUAUAUAAAUAUAAUUUAUAUUUAAUCCUUAUACUUUUGAUCGAAGGUGAAACCUAUGUAGAAAUAUGCAAGUGAAGCGGCUCCCUGAGCCUUUAGUAGCUGCCUGAUGGUACAGGAUGGGACGACGUCUCACACACACACGGAAGGUUUUUCAUGUUGCAGCUCAGAAAAUGUUGAGGUAAAGAAACAGUUUUAUUUAAGUCUGAUGUUUUUUUAGCUGAGGAUGUUUUCAGGGGGAGAAGCUGUAAACGUGCGCGAGGCAUCGGACAGAUGACAUUAAUAGAGAAUAUUAACUUUAACAGUUUUUUCCAUUUUUUAAAUGACAGUAACAAACUGUAACGACUGUACAUUUUUGUAAUCAGGGUUCUGUUUUGUACGGACGUUCGUUGCUCCUGAAGCAGAGACUGUGAGCGAUGCACGAAGCGGAAAGCACCGGAGGAAAACAGCGCACUGAUGUCUUCAGAGUUUAGGAAACACGAAAGACGCUUCAAUCACCGAGGACGUUAAAUCUGCAGGGUUUAAUCUCUGUGAUACAGGUGUUAGAGUACUGUGAAGGAUUUUAUUUUUUGUUUUAAAAAUGUAAAACUUGACUUGUAGCCACCAGCUGUGCACAGUCUGUGCUGCUGUGAUCCACCUCAUCACUCCCCUCUUGUUUGAAAUGUAAACUGUGAACAGCUGUUAGCUCGCCUGGUUCAGCUUUCUCCUGGUUCUUGUCACAACCAUUUUCAAAUGCUCGCUGUGUUUCACCUGAUGCUGGAUCGUUUCCAUCCUCACUACAACCGCAGCAGACAUUUCACCUGUUUGAGUUUAGUCAUAUGUUCAUGUUCAGGCUGUAACACAGAGUCUCUUCAAGGUCUGAGAAACUCAAAAUCAUGAGUCAGUAACUAAUGCAGUGUUAAAGGAGAC